AUGAGCACCGCCUACCACCCGGCCAUGCCUGCCUACGAUGGCCAUGCCAUCCGCAGCUAUCCCUCGUCGGCCAUGGCCCACGUCGGCCGGUCGAGGACUCUGAUGGACGAAACGAGGGGCUCGCAGCACUAUCGUGGUCCGCCUCAGCCAACGCAGCCGGCCCCGGCGUUCCAGGCGAGAAACAGCUCCUUGUCGACGACCCCGUUGCAUGACACGGCUUCGCGUCGUCCUGCCCGGCCCUCAACACCCACCUUGGAAGCCGUCAUGACAACCAAGAAGGACGGCGAUGCCUCGCGUAACGGCUCGGAAACGCUCAUCUAUCACAGCCUCCAAAUACCAAAGUGCAUCAGUCCCGACGGGGGUAACCUAUCCGACUUUGCGGCCCAUAUGACGUGUCUCUUCUGGUUCGACGCUGCGGACAAUCUGAAAAAGGCUGAGACGAUUCGAUCGAGACCUCUGAAUGCCCCGAUCCCUCGACUCCCCAGCUUGGCCAAGCCCUGGGACCAGUUCCGCAAAUGGGUUCACAAUGUUCUCUCGACGACGCAGAUCAAGGGGCGGGCGGGUAGUGAAUAUCGCCUGCUCACUGUCGCGCUGAUGCUCGGCAACAAAUUCCUGGACGACAACACCUACACUAACAAGACGUGGGCCGAGGUGUCCUGCUUCGCCGUUCAGGAAAUUCACGUCAUGGAGGUGGAAUUCUUGAGCAACAUGCGAUACAAUCUGUUAGCCUCCAAGGAGGAGUGGGAGGGCUGGCUGGUCAAGCUGUCCUGCUUCUACGAGUACUAUGAGCGAGCCCGCCAUCUACCCGCGUCGCCAAUUCGCAACCCUUCCCCGACGAAUAAUGUCUUUAGCUCGCCCAUUCCUUCGCCCACAGCAACGGCGCUCCCUGGAUUCCCCGACAUGAGCCCAUAUACUCCCUCUGCCUUGUCCACGUACUCGCCUUCUUCGUGUACCUCGAAGACGCUGUCUGCCUAUCACACGAACCCGACGUCGCCUCUGUCUGCGAAGCCGUCGAUGAAUCUUGCCGUGACGCGAAAACGGAGCCCCGACCAAGACUUGGCAGACCAUCCGGCAAAGCGUCAAAUUCUCUCAAGGGCUGGGCACGGGGCUCCCAACCUAGUCAUGAAUGCGAGAACGAAUUGCCCCGUUGACGCGGCAAGACUGCCGGUACCUCAGCUGUCCAUUGUCACCAACCAAGGCCGAAACCUCGCAGGCGCCUAUACGGCCGUCAACGGAUACCCUCCGCAAAUGCCGGGUACGAGCCAGCACAUCGUCUCCCUCCCUCCGUUGCAGCCCGGGAUCCGCGCCAUCUCAACCGUCUACCAAUCGAACCCGGUAACGACCAUGGCGCAGCAGUCUGCCAUGCCGGCCUCGGCGGGAACACCCAUGCCUACGACGCCGUUCCAAAUCGCCCCUUUGGCGGGCCAUGCAACGAUGAACUACGGCACUCCGACAAAACACCACAGCCCUGGCAACCUGGCACCGUUUGGCUCCUCACCUCUGGUGGAGCACCUCGGUCCUGGCGUCUAUCUGCAGCAGCGGGCUAGCCCAUAUAAACCGAUUCGACACGUCAACACCCUCCUCUAUCCCCCGCCCUCGGCGUCUCUGGACCAGUAUCACCUAUCGGUGCCUGUGCAACCGAACCAGAUGCACUAUCAACCCCUGGGACGACGGCACGAUGUCCGGACGGGCGUGGUACCCGAGUUUGUUCUCUACAACCGAGGGCAGCAGCACCUUGCCUCGCAAGGCGGGCAGCAGGGUCACUAUCCGUCAUAG